AUGGCUGUAACAGCAAUAGCCUUCUGUUUGCUAUUUCUAGUAAAUUCGUCUCUACAGGACUUCCCUUUCCGUAAUACAUCAUUAUCAUGGGAUGAAAGAGUGGAUGAUUUGGUAGGACGAUUGACACUUGAUGAAAUCCAACUACAGAUGGCUAAAGGUGGUGUGGGAAUCAAUGGACCGACUCCCGCAAUUGACAGACUUGGAAUAAAACCAUAUGAAUGGGAUACGGAAUGCUUACACGGUGCUGUUGGACACAAUGCCACGGCUUAUCCUCAAUCUAUCGGGCUUGCAGCAAGUUUUAGUACAGAUCUGAUAUUUAGAAUGGCUGAAGCUACAGCAGUAGAGGUCCGAGCUAAUAAUCAUGCUAAUGAUGCAGUUUCUCAGGGUAAACUCACAGAAGAUUUGGUACGAGAGAGAGUGAAACCAUUGUUUUAUACUAGAAUGAGGUUGGGAGAAUUUGAUCCACCAGAAAUGAAUCCCUACGCCUCAAUUACUACUGAUGUUAUUGAAGAAAAAUCUCAUAGAGAUCUGGCAGUGGAAGCUUCAAUGAAAUCCAUGGUUUUGUUGAAAAAUGAUGGAUUUCUGCCACUACAGAAAUCGUCCUACAACAAAAUAGCGGUUGUUGGACCUUUCGGUGAUAGUGCUUACAUCAUGAAUGGUGAUUACCAAGCUUCACCAGAUCGUCAAUUUAUAACAACACCAAGACAGGGUUUAUCAUCAUUAGCUUCUAGUACUAACUUUGCUCAAGGUUGUGAUGAUGCUAAAUGUAAGAGCUAUGAUUCUAACUCGGUCAAAUCUGCUGUUGAUGGUGUUGAUGUUGUGUUUAUUUGUCUUGGAUUAGGAACUAUUCUGGAAGCUGAAGGUAAUGAUAGACAUGAUAUGGAGUUACCAAGUGGACAAGUUCAGCUGAUGGCUGAUGCCGUGGCAAACAGUGGCUCAGCGAAGAUUGUUUUAAUAUCAUUCAAUGCUGGACCAGUCAAUAUUACAUGGGCUGAUAUGAAUCCAAGAGUAUCAGCAAUUAUAGCUGCUUUCUAUCCAGGACAAGCUACUGGUGUUGCUUUAAAGAAUGUGAUGGUUGGUGAUAGUUAUUCACAGUUUGGUAGAUUACCAUAUACAUGGUAUUACACAGCUGAUCAGGUACCACCUAUUACUAACUAUACAAUGGUAGACAGAACAUAUAGAUAUAUGUCAUCACAACCUUUAUAUCCAUUUGGUUAUGGUUUAACAUAUUCUACAUUCAACUAUGAUGAAUUAAUAACGGUAACCAAUGUUAAUGCUGGUGAUGACAAUAAUAUCAGUGUACAUUUUAACAAUGUAGGAUCUCGUACAGCUGAUGAGGUAGUACAAGUUUAUAUUGGGUGGAAAUCACCUAGUGUACCAACACCUAAGAUACAGUUAGUUAAUUUUACUAGAGUAACAGUACCACAAGGUAGUGGUCUUAAUCUCAAUUUUACUAUUACACCACAAAAUAUGGCUGUUUAUACUGAUGAUAAAGUAAAUUCGUCUCUACAAGAUUUUCCUUUCCGUAAUACAUCAUUAUUAUGGGAUGAAAGAGUGGAUGAUCUGGUAGGACGAUUGACACUUGAUGAAAUUCAACUACAGAUGGCUAAAGGUGGUGCCGGUAUAAAUGGACCGGCUCCUGCAAUUGACCGACUUGGAAUCAAACCAUAUCAAUGGAACACUGAAUGUCUUCAUGGUGAUGUUGGACACAAUGCCACAGCUUAUCCUCAAUCUAUUGGGCUUGCAGCAACCUUUAGUACAGAUCUGAUAUUUAGAAUGGCUGAAGCUACAGCAGUAGAAGUUCGAGCUACUAAUCAUGCUAAUGUACAGAAAGGAUCUUAUGCGGAUCAUACUGGACUGAGCUGUUUUGCACCAGUUAUAAAUAUUAUGAGAGAUCCGAGAUGGGGUCGCAAUCAGGAAACUUAUGGAGAAGAUCCUGUUCUUAAUGGUAUGUUAUCACAAGCUUAUAUUAAAGGUUUACAAGGAGAUCAUCCCAGAUAUGUUAGAGCUAGUGGUGGUUGUAAACAUUUUAAUGUACAUGGUGGUCCAGAUGACGUGCCAGUUUCAAGAUUUUCAUUUGACUCUCAGGUUUCUAUAAGAGAUUGGAGAACAACGUUUCUACCAGCAUUUAGAUAUUGUGUAGAAGCUGGUACAUACAGUCUUAUGUGUAGUUACAAUAGAAUUAAUGGAGUUCCAGCCUGUGCUAACG